AUGCAUCUGUCUGCCCUUCUCACUCUUCUCCCAGCCGUUCUGGCUGACCCUGCCACCAUUGGCCGGCGCGCUGAGCCAGCUCCUCUCUUCACUCCUCAGGCUGAGAGCAUCAUUGCCGGCAAGUAUAUUGUCAAGUUCAAGGAUGGUAUUGCCCGUAUCGCUACCGAUGACGCUUCAAGGGAGACAUGUAAACGUGUCGAUUUCAUUGAGAAGGACGCCGUGAUGCGUAUCAGCAGCAUCACUGAGCAGAACGGUGCUCCCUGGGGUCUUGGCCGCAUCUCCCACCGCCAACAGGGAAGCACCACCUACCGCUACGAUGAUAGUGCUGGUGAGGGUACUUGCGUAUAUAUAAUUGACACUGGUGUUGAGGUCUCCCACCCCGAGUUUGGCGGUCGCGCCACUUGGCUCAGGAGCUUCAUCAACGGUCAAAACCGUGAUGGCCACGGCCAUGGGACUCACUGCGCUGGUACUAUUGGUAGCCGAAGCUACGGUGUUGCCAAAAAUGCCAAGCUCUUUGCUGUCAAGGUUCUUGAUGACCAGGGCAGUGGUUCCUACUCCGGUAUCAUCAGUGGCAUGGACUUUGUUGCCCAGGACUCCAAGAGUCGUAACUGCCCCAAUGGCCACAUUGCUUCCAUGAGUCUGGGAGGUGGCUACUCGGCGUCCGUCAACCAGGGUGCCGCUGCUUUGGUCAGGUCUGGUGUCUUCCUUGCCGUCGCCGCUGGCAACGAUAACCGGGAUGCCCAAAACACCUCUCCCGCUUCCGAGCCUACUGCCUGCACUGUUGGUGCCACUGCGUCAGAUGACAGCCGAUCUACCUUUUCCAACUACGGCAGAGUUGUCGAUAUCUUCGCUCCUGGUACCGGCAUUCUCUCCACCUGGAUCAAUGGCCGCACCAACACCAUCUCUGGCACCUCCAUGGCUACUCCCCAUAUUGCUGGUCUUGCUGCCUACUUCAGUGCUCUCAGCGGCAAGACUAGCCCUGCCGCUCUUUGCCAGAAGAUCCAGGACACUUCUACCAAGAACGUGAUCCGCAAUGUGCCCGCUGGCACUGUCAACUUUCUUGCCUACAACGGCAACGGUGCCUAA